AUGGAUGAAGUACAGUUUAUUGUGCGCCCACAUUCAUUACGAGUCCAUUCCUAUCGGUCACCAACUUUUUGCGACUUUUGUGGACAGCUCCUUUUUGGUAUAAUUCGUCAGGGCUUAAAGUGUGAAGGUUGUAAUUGUAAUUUUCAUAAGAGAUGUGCUUUUAAGAUACCAAACAAUUGUACGCCACCUUUGGAAAGUCUGGAGAUUAUGGCAAAUGAGAAUAGUACCAUUAGUAUGGUGUCUUCAAAUUCUCCAAUUACUAAACGUAGUGGUCCUAGUGAUAACUGGUGGGGUAGCGGUCGACCAGCAUGGAUUGAUGUCGCUCUUCAUAAACGUGUCCAAGUACCUCAUACGUUUACUCUGCAUACCUUUAAAAAGCCGACCAUUUGCCAACUCUGCUCAAAAUUGCUACUGGGGAUAUGCCGCCAAGGAUAUCGUUGUAAAGAUUGCAAAUUUAGCGUGCAUAAAAGAUGUAUGAAAUAUGCUGCCAAGAACUGUACCAGUGAGGUCUUAUACAUUAAUCAACGUUCGGUCAAUCAGUAUGGUACUAUUCCAGAAAUCAACCAAAUAACGAUUUCGGAUUUACCGGAUAGUAAUCAUUCACUUGAUACACUGGACACAAAUGAUGAAAAAAAUUCAGGUACAGAUGAAACAAAUGGACACUCGGAGUUGACACCAAAUGGAAGUUGUAUCCCAUUACAACGUUUGAUACAAACUCAAAUACCGUUGAAAAAACCAUCUAAAGAAUUAUACUCUAAUUGGAUAAUUCAUUAUACCGACGCAGAUCAAGAGCGUAAAUGCUAUUUUUGGGUUUUGGAUACAAAAAAUUUAUCCAUGUUCCUAACAGAAGAUAGCGAAGAGCCAUGCUGUAUUAUACAAUUAUCAGAAAUUCUGAACCUUGCAACAUCGUAUGGCAGUAAUAAUUCAAUUUCCAACGUCGUUACGCCUUCGUAUUAUUUUCUAUUCGUUACGGCAAAAUUGACGUAUUUUGUUGGAGCUCCUUCCGAUGAAGUAUUAUUCGAAAAUGGUGUGGGAGAGGAGUUGGCAAAAUUCUGGGAGAAGGCAAUUUCAGAGGCGCUACAACCAAAUAGUAUUAUUAGUGAUAGUUCGCUAGGUUUGUACGAUAUAUUUCUAUUUGUAAUGAUACUACUUGUUCUCCAAUAUCAACAAAUUAUUAAGGGAAAAGACAUCACCAGUAAAUAUCAGAUUGAUCAAAAUGAGAUCUUAGGAGCAGGACAAUUUGGAAUAGUCUAUGGAGGUGCUCUUCGUUGCAAUGGACGAGCAAUUGCAAUAAAAGUUGUCGACAAGUCGUUAUUUUCAUCUACACAAGAAAGACGUUUAAAGAAUGAAGUUGACAUUUUACAGAGUGUCUCACAUCCGGGCGUUGUCAUUCUCGAGAAUGUGUAUGAAACACCCGAGAAAGUCUUUGUUGUUAUGGAAAAACUUGAUGGAGAUAUGUUAGAAUUAAUAUUAUCUAGUCCUAGAAGCCGACUUAAUGAGAGAAUGACUAAAUACUUGGUUUUACAGAUUUUGUACGCACUACGUUAUCUUCAUAGUAAGAACGUUGCCCACUGUGAUUUAAAACCAGAAAAUGUGCUUAUUUUAAAGCAUGAAGAAGCUUUACCGCAGAUAAAACUUUGUGAUUUUGGAUUCGCGAAGAUUAUCGGCGAAAGAUCGUUUCGUAAAUCGAUUGUCGGCACUCCAGCAUAUUUAGCUCCUGAAGUCUUCAAAAACAAGCGAUAUAAUCGAUUGCUCGAUUUAUGGUCCGUAGGCGUAAUCAUUUAUGUCAGUCUUAGUGGGACAUUUCCAUUUAAUGAAGAUGAAGAAAUUAAAGAUCAAAUAGAAAGUGCUGCUUUUAUGUAUCCUGAUAAUCCGUGGGCGGAAAUCUCUCAAGAUGCAAUAAAUCUAAUAAACAAUCUAUUGCAAAUCGAAUUAAAGAAGCGAUACUCUGUCGAUAAAGCGAUAUAUCAUAAAUGGCUACAGGUUAGUGAUAGGACAGUAACUGCUUAUUUUUAUUUCUUCUCUACAUGUUAUACUUUAAUAGCAAGGAUAGAUUAUUACGGACUUUAA